CGGGGCUGCCUCUGCCUACAAGAACCAGGGCGUCCCGCUGUCGUGCCUUUGUGUUGCAUUUCUGCCUGCCUGCCUUGUCUGUUUGGAUCGUCGACUCUUGACGUCUGCGCUCAUCUCUCAUCGCCGAUUUGCUUCUACAUUUAAUCCUCAUCUCCGACCCGACGACGACAAACGACGACAAACGACGCCAACCCACCCCUUUCGCUUCCUCUCUCUGGUCCGUCGCGCAUGCGCAUUAUGCUCCGGUGAUAUUGGCUGCCUCUCCGCGCUUUCAACUCACGUCGCCAUGUCUUCCUCGUAUUCGAAACACCACAUGCGACCCUCUUCCUUACAUCAACGCCCGUCAUACACGAGCUCGCCGCGGCCGGAUCAGUAUGCGACGGGCCACUCAAAGCCCUCCCACGCCAAGCUUCAUAAACGCUCCUCCACCUCCGCAGUCCCCAGCGCCUCACCCGACCUCGCCGCCAUCUCUCCACUCCCCAUGGACCUCCCGCACGAAGAACCCCGCCGGAGUCUCGACCUCGCCACGCACUCCGCCCGGAAGUUCAAGCCUUAUCUCCGGAGACUCUCCACCAAAGAGCGCAACUCUCUCGACCUCUCGUUACCCGCCGCCGACAACGAAAGCUUCUCUGCCCUCGGCAUCCAGGAAUAUGCCGUCGUGCCGCGUUCUGUGCCCGAUGCAAACUUCCCGCACGCGGGCCCCAGGCACCAGCACCACCGGUCCACCAGCAGCAACUCGCAAGACUCGGCGAGCUCCGGUCGUCUGCGACAGCCCACCGUCCCGUACGUAAAUGCGAUACGACAAGCGUCUCGCCAGUUCAAGCCGCCAAGCGAACGGUCUCACCCGGAUUCCGUGUAUGAGGAGGACUAUAUUGGUGAAGCAGGAGACAUCAUGUCCAGCGACGAAUUCUUCUGUCGCCAACCAGCUCUGGAAUCUCGUCGUCGCUCAGGCUCCAUGUCUUCCACUCGGAACGCCCCCGCGCCGCUGCACUCGCUAUCGACCGGUUCCGUCACUCGUCUCGGAAGCCAAUCUCAAACCAGCCUUUCAAACCUCCGCUCGCGCCGCGAGAUCUCGCGCUCAGAAACGGCGCCCUCGCCUGGCUCCCGGACUUCUUUGGACAAAGCCUUCGGUUUCGUCAGGGGUCGCGAAUCGCCCGUCGAUCCCCUAUCACGUGCCGCCUCUAUCCGUGCUGCGCGCAUGGAAUUCCAGGCAAAGGAGGAGGCCAAGGAACGCAAGGCGGAGAAGGAGGCUAUGAAGAAGCGGGAUCGUGAGGAGCGGAGAAGGGCCAAGCAAGAAGAGCGGCAACAGCACAUCUCCGAUCAGGAGGAGGACUACGAAAGGCACUCUCUGGAUGAAAAGACCGACUCCGUCCCGUCAGCGGACGAGGAACACCCGAGUCCUUCCCCUACGGAGGACAGCAGCCCGACGCAUACGGUGCCACCCAGCACAACAAGAACGGUGCGCACAUGUACAGAUCUGCGGACGCGCCGUCCGGUGAAGAGCCGCUGGGCAGCUUUUGUUGCUUGGUUCCGCACACGGCUGUUGAGGUUGAAGUGCUUAUGAAAAGCACAAGCAUACCGGGUUGGCUGCGGAACAGUUACUUCCCGAAGGCGUUUGGAAAUUUUCUUUCGUCAAUGCCCAUGAGCUAUAAAGCUCCGGCGUUUCACUGCGCACUGAGCGCUUCGGUUGGCGUUUGCUUGGGGGAUCAAAUCUAUCUUGGGAAAUUAUAGCGCGGCGUUAUGUUUUGGGCGUCGCUCCUUAUCUGCCGCUGUCGCAGCAGGAGCUCCAUGCAUUUAUUGAGCAUUUGGUUGGCUAUUUGUUUUGAUGCCAGAGCACAGCUUCUUGGCUUUUUGGAUAUUUAGGUGGAACAGAUACCACCAGGACUGAAAUACAUAUGUAGCCAGGUAAAACUGGUUCGUUAUCGAG